AUGAACAGCAGCUCGAGAAGUAUCACCACCACCAACAACAACGGUAGCGGUAGCAAGAAGACCCGCGGACGUCUUUCCACGGGAUCUUCAACACGGCCUGGCUUUACCAGUCAGACGAGUAGCUCUCGACUAAUCUCGGGAACAUCGUUCCGGGUGGGUGAAGAAGCUAAUACUAGUACUAGUAGUUGUGAUGCCGAGUUGCCGGAAGAAUUUCCGUCCCUCGUCCAACAGUCUUUGCGAGACCAUGUGGAGGAUAAAACGAAGCAUCUGACGUUGAACAAACUCCAGUUCUCCAAUAAUAAGAAAUUGUAUGGACGAGACAAGGAACGAGCCUUGCUUCAGAAUCUCGUAUUUGCUGCAUCCCACAGAGGGGCCAAACAACUCAUUCUCAUCUCGGGAGAAUCCGGUACUGGCAAGACUGGAUUGGCUCAUUCCAUUCAUAAUUCGUGCAACAACCAAGACGGCAUUUUUGUGAUUGCAGGGGACUUUGGAAUGAACUCGACAUCCUCCAAGGAAGCCCCGUACAUGGGGAUUGCAGGAGCCAUACAGGAGCUUUGUGAUGGAAUAUUGGCUUUGGUGGUCGAUAGUACUGCCUUUCCGCUCCAGCUCCUGCGAGAGAAACUCAAUUCGGAACUUCAGGAUGAACUCCCCCUUUUGUUCCUUACAUUUCCAGCCUUGCAGCACUUUAUGGGCACUGCUACUAGUACGUGUAUCAGCUCUACUAAAAAUAUGUGUGGAACUCAUCCUCCACAAGGGAGUGUCCCAUCACCCACCACAGGAGAGCACAAGAACCGACUGUACUAUGCAUUUCAACGUCUAUUUCAGAUUGUGACAACAUUUUUGCCAAAGCGACUCGUAAUCAUCUUGGACAAUCUGGAAUGGAUUGACGAACCGUCCUUGAAACUCAUGGAGGCAUUGCUGGCAGAUGAUACGGCCUCAUCCGCAACAAGAUCCAGCAGUGGUGACAACACUGGCACCACCACCACCAAUAAAACGAAGAAGAAUGAUCUAGUUGUGAUUGGAUGUUAUCGAUCGGAUCUGGAUCAGCCAAACAGCAGCAGCAAUCAUUCGCAGUCGUACUAUCUCACACAUGCCAUUAUUCAAGAUUGGAAGGAUCACAAGUCCAGCGAAUUUGGAUUCCACAUGACGGAAAUCGCCUUGCCCAAUCUGGACAUGACGCAUGUCAAGGAAUGGCUGCAAGACUUGUUGCUCACAGAUGAUAGUGGCGUCCUUGAGCUGGCGCAACUCUGUCAUUCCAAAACCAAUGGCAAUGCCUUUUUUAUGGUGGCAUUUCUCAAGCUGCUGCAGGAAAAAAUGCUCCUCACAUUCGAUCUGGGGACCAUGAAAUGGAUUUGGGAUGUGGCACGAAUUGAAACAUUGGCAGAAGCCACGGAUAAUGUGGCACAUGUCAUGAAACAAUCCUUGGCAACUUGCUCACCACAAGUUUGUGAAUUGCUGCAAAUUGCAGCCUGUUUGGGGUCGUCGUUUUAUGAAAAGACCCUGCAGCUUGUUUGGGAUGACUGGAAGACGACAACAGCGACAACAAUAAACAAGAAAUUGUCACUGGAUGACUGCCUAUCCAUUGCCCUUGAAAAGAGACUCUUUUUUCGAAAGCCAGAUGACCCAACCAAAAUUAUUUGGGCACACAGCAAAGUCUUGGAUGCCGCCAUGGCAUUGAUGGCCGAUGAUGACGAGGAUGACAAGAGUAUCAAGUCAGUGCAGUCUCGGAUAGGAGAGAUUCUGGUUACUAAACUCAACGAGGUUGAAUUGGAAAGUGCUGUGUUCAUUGUUGCCAAUCUACUCAAUGAAGGUGGAGCAUCAGUGUCGUCGUCGUCGAGUGCCAGCAAUCCAGUAUGCAAUGUUUCACAUGUGGAACUGGCAGAACUCAACCUUCGGGCUGCUUACAAGGCCACCAAAUUGGCAGCCUUUGAAACAGCAGCUAGAUAUGCUGCCAAGGGAAUUAACUGCCUUCAACAAGAUUGCUGGGAGAAUCACUACUCCACUACACUGGACCUAUUCCUCACUUCAGCAGAAGUCGAAGGUCUCAUUGGCAACUUUGAAUCUAUGGAUUCAAGAUGCAAUCAGAUUCUCUCACGACAAGAUCUUCCCGACAAAGAUAAGGCACGAGUGUACAAUUUACAGGUGCAUCGAUUGUAUCUGGAAGGUCGUGUACAAGAAGCUAUGGAUCAUUGCCUGUUGUGCCUCAAAAAGCUACGGUGCUCCUUUCCCAAGACAAAGCUCACGAAAGGUCUGGCAUCGGUGGCUGGUCUUGCCCGCAUCAAAAUGGAAGCCAAGUCGCGAAAAGCGGAAGAAAUUGAGUCCAUGCAGUACAUUGAAGACCCGGUCAAGAUUGAAACCAUGAAGUUGCUUGAGAGACUUAUCUCAGCGGCAUACAUGCUCAAAGAUCCACUGCUCACUCCUGUUAUACUGCGAGCUUAUCGAUGGACCUUGGAAUAUGGAUUGUCUGAGAAUGCUCCUGCCAACUUUGCCAGCAUUGGGUUCAUCAUGGCUUGUUUCCUCUCUGAUUUUGAAACAGGAAGGAUUUUUGGGGAGUACGCAUUGGAGAUGAUGUCUCAGAUGAAAAGCAAAACCAUGGUUGCCAGAGUCCAUCUGGUGGUCCAUGGCGGGUAUCUUCACUAUGUGAGACCACUACAUUGCACUCUACGAGCUCUGAAGGAGGGAUACGAGGUGGGAAUGCAGACGGGAAGCUUUUCUCCGGCAUUUCAGAGCAUAAAUCUGUAUCUCCAGGGUGCUUUCGUUGCCGGCCGUUCUCUCAAAACACUAGAACGGGAGUGCAGAAUGUUCGCACAGCAAAUGAAGCAGCUCAAGCAAGACCUCUACGUCAAGUUCCUGUCCCCUGCAUUUCAAACUAUUCUGAAUCUGACGACGCCUGGCGUUGCUGAACCUACAAUUAUGACAGGUGAAGCGAUGGAUGAAGCAGUGCUAGAUUUCCCCACCAAAGCACAGCAGGCCUUAUUCGAGUGUCAUAAACUUCAGUUGUGCCUUUGGUUUGGACAUUUUGAAGAGAGUGCAAAGCUCGCUUUAUCCAAUGACCCUGUCACGAAGGGGUGUCCUGGGAGUUUCGUAUGCUACAGCGACAAUCUCUUUCGAGGCCUGUCGCUGUUUCAGAUGGCUCGCACAACGACAAAGAAGAAGAACCAAUACACCAAAGAAGCAAAAAAGAUGUUGUCCCUGGUAAGCAAAUGGGUUGAAAAGGGCAACCCAAACAUCAAACACCACCAGGCUCUGUUGGAGGCGGAGAUGGCAGCGCUCCAGGGCAAGCAACACAUCGCGCGGAACAAGUAUGACAUUGCAGUAGUACUAGCUGGGCGUCAAGGCUUCAUCAAUGAUGCUGCCUUGGCAAAUGAACGAUUUGGUGAGUACAUGCUUAACGAUGUGGGUGAUAGAGACGAUGCAGCAUACCGGAUGAAAGAAGCCAUCAAUCUGUACAAGGAGUGGGGAGCAAUUGCUAAGGCGGAAUAUCUUCAAACCAAAUACGCACAUCUCUGGCCAAUACCAGAACAUGUCGUAACUUUGGGUUAA